AUGGCUCCUCGUACCCUUCAGAUCGCUUGCGCCGGCCUAGGUCGCAUGGGCAAACGUCACGCCCUGAACAUCCUGCACCGGUCUCCCCGGUCGUCCCUGGUGGCAGCUUUUACCCCAGACCCUGUUGAGGCCGUAUGGGCUGAGGCCAAUCUGGUUCCCUACGGAGUGACUAUCUACUCAGACUACGAUGCUAUGCUAGGCCACAGCGGUCUUGAAGCUGUGCUCGUCUCCACCAUUACCACCGUGCACGCCGAACAAGCUAUCAAAGCCAUCGAAGCGGGAAAGCAUGUGCUCUGCGAGAAGCCCCUCUCAACAGACGCCGCUAUCUGUCAAUCCGUCGUCGACGCAGCAACCCUCCACCCCGAGCUAAAAGUCAUGUGCGGCUUUUCUCGUCGCUUCGACAUCUCCUACAGAGACGCCUACUCCAAGAUGAGAGCAGGCCUCAUCGGCACGCCUGCCAUCAUCCGCAGCCAAACAUGCGACAAGAUUGACCCCACCGGUGCCUUCGUGAAUUUCGCCGCCACCUCAGGCGGGAUCUUCUGCGACUGCUCCGUCCACGACAUCGAUCUGAUCCUGUGGUUCUUUGGCGCUGACAGCAAGGUGAAGAGCGUGGUAGCUAGUGGGACCGUGGCCCUGCAUCCAGAGCUCAAGGCUUACGGGGAUGCGGAUAACGCGGUGGGGAUUAUCGAGUUUCAUGGGGGCCGGGUGGCGUAUCUGUAUUGUUCGCGGAUGAUGGCGGCGGGGCAGGAAGAUACGACGGAGAUUAUUGGAACGGAGGGAAAGUUAGUGGUCAAUGGUCAUGCGCAGAAGAACCUGGUGGGGAUCUUUGAUCGAAAUGGGGCGAGACGCGAGUUGCCCGCGCAUUACUACGAGCGUUUCGAGAUGGCGUUCGUAGACGAGGUCAAUGAGUUUGCGGCGGCUUGUUUGGAUGAUACGGAGCUGCCUAUGGGGAUUCAGGGUGCAGUGGAGGCCGUCAGGAUUGCGAAGGCGUUGCAGGACUCUCUGGGAAGUGGGGAGAAGGUGCGAUUUGAUGAGCGGGGGGCUAGGCUAUGA